AUGGAAUCGACAACCAAAAGAGAGACAGCCUCGGACGCCGUGCCCACGGCCAAAUUCUUACAAGCCCGCAUAACGGCUCUCUCAACCACCUUGAUCAAGAGGCUCGAGAACAUUCUCGCUGUGGCUCUCGAUGACACAGCCGCGCAAACUGCCACGGCUCCUGCAGGCACGGGCAAUGCUCCAGCUCCGCCGUCCCUGACAGACACGGCCGUUCAGCAGUUUCAGCUCGACGUUGAAUCAACGGCAAUCGUCCGCGCAGCAGAGGAGAUCAUGAUGUUGACGCGGACAAUGAAGGAGAUCUGGCUCUUUGGCGGACUGGACACUCUCAAAAGCGACCACCAAGGCCGGCGUCUCAACGGACAGGACGAGGCAGCCAGGAGGAAAAUGGAGGAGGACGUCAAGGUGGUGGAGGAGGGAUUCAAGAAGUUCCUGGAGAAGUACGAGACGACGCUCGAGAUGACGGACACCUAA